CGUGUUCUUGGUGUUCUUUCUUGCCGUUUCAUCGGCUGCGGCAAUCGGAUCGGCGGGCGGGGCUCUUGGUGGGAGGAGUGUCCGAAAUCGAGCCAUUUCAGCAUGCGGCGGUAGCGAAUUGAGGAGGUGUCCGUUUGUGGAAUUCGAAAGGCUUCUUCGCGGGGGAUGGAGCUGCAGAAUCGAGUUUUGAGACUUGGGGCGGCGGUAUUUCUCUGGGCCUUGCUUAGUUGUUGCGUGAUCGACUGCGUCGUGACCGAUAUUAACUGCUUGAAGAGCAUAAAAGCGUCGGUUCAGGAUCCCCUGAAUUACUUGAACUAUACGUGGAAUUUCGAGAACACCACUGAAGGCUUCAUAUGUCGAUUCACUGGAGUUGAGUGCUGGCAUCCUGAUGAGAACAGGGUUCUUAAUCUAAAGCUUUCUGAUAUGGGACUCAAGGGCCAGUUUCCUCGUGGCAUCGAGCAAUGCACAAGCAUUACAGGAUUGGAUCUCUCCAGCAAUGAGUUCUCUGGACCAAUCCCGGAAAAUAUAUCGAGUAUAAUUAAGUAUGUAACAUCUCUCGACCUGUCAUCCAAUAGUUUCUCCGGACAAAUCCCGGCAAACCUUUCAAACUGUACCUACUUAAAUUCCCUUAAGCUCGACCACAACCAGUUGUCCGGUCAGAUUCCGGCUCAACUCAGCCUUCUUGGUCGACUCAGAUCAUUUAGCGUGGCCAACAACCUUCUGGUUGGGCCAGUCCCCGCGUUUGGCCCUAAUACCACAAUCAGUGCAGAUGAUUAUGCGAAUAAUCCAGGACUUUGUGGUGCUCCUCUGCCUCUGUGCACGACAAAGAAGGGCUCCAACACUAAAAUAAUUGUUGCAGCAGCGGCCGGUAGCGUAACUCUCACGGCCAUAGGUAUUGCGAUCGGCAUGUUCUUUUAUCUGCGUAGAGUGUCUGUGAAGAAGAAGAAAGACGACGAUCCUGAAGGCAAUAAGUGGGCAAAGAGCUUAAAGGGAAGCAAAGGGGUCAAGGUUUCCAUGUUUGAGAAGUCAGUUUCCAAGAUGAAACUAAGUGACCUGAUGAAGGCUACAAACAAUUUCAGCAAACACAGCAUAAUUGGAUCAGGAAGGACAGGGACAACGUAUAAGGCCGUGCUUGAGGAUAAUUCUUUACUUAUGGUUAAGAGGUUACAGGAUUCUCAACACUCUGAGAAAGAAGUGAUGUCUGAGAUGGCUACACUAGGAAGGGUCAAGCACCGCAACUUGGUUCCACUUUUGGGUUUUUGCAUGGCCAAAAAGGAGAGGCUUCUGGUCUACAAGUACAUGCCCAACGGUAUUCUCCAUGAUCGUCUACAUUCUCCGGAUGAUCCCAGCAAAGCUAUGGAGUGGACUUUGAGGCUCAAAAUUGGGAUCGGAGCAGCACGAGGACUGGCAUGGCUUCACCAUAACUGCAAUCCUCGUAUUAUCCACCGCAACAUAAGCUCCAAGUGCAUCCUUCUUGAUGCGGACUUUGAGCCUCAGAUAUCUGAUUUUGGGCUGGCUAGGCUCAUGAACCCAAUCGACACGCAUUUGAGUACUUUUGUGAAUGGGGAGUUUGGCGAUCUGGGAUAUGUCGCACCUGAGUAUACACGUACCCUAAUGGCCACCCCAAAGGGAGAUGUGUACAGCUUUGGAGUCGUGCUCCUUGAGCUGGUAACUGGUGAGAGGCCCACUCAGGUUACUAAAGCACCUGAAAGCUUUAAGGGUAAUUUGGUGGAGUGGAUCACGGAGCUCCCAAAGAGCUCGCAACUCAAAGAUGCUGUAGACAGAUUUUUGGUUGGAAAGGGAAUCGACGAUGAAGUCAAUAAAGUCCUUAAGGUGGCGUGUAGUUGUGUGUUGCCAGCUCCGAAGGAGAGGCCCACUAUGUUUGAAGUCUAUCAGUUUCUAAGGGCUAUUGGGGAUCGGUACCAUUUCUCGACUGAAAAUGAACUCAUGAUGCCCAUAGACAGCGGCGACUCAGAUUGCUUGGAGGAACUUAUUGUUGCUCGAGAAGCAAGAGACUAGCACAGCUGAGCUCCUUUGGGUGAGAGAUGGUCGACUCUGCAAGCCUCCCUCCUAUGCUAGAUGUAACUAUUAUGUGUGGUAAAUGUUUAAAUAGAUAUUACCCCGUAGCUGUGUAUGUCUAGGCACACUGCUUCUUGUCAUGCUAUUCGAAGAGGUGGAUAUCAUCUCCAUAUUACUAUGUACGUGUUUUCUGCCGAUUUGAGCCAUUACUUCCGAAAA